UUCCAACUCUCUUUGUUGACAUCUAUGGUGUACCCCUUCUUCAUCAUUUACGCCACUGCAUACCUCACAAUGUUCUGCCACACUCAUAAAAUACCAAUGGCGCUUGCAAAUCACUCCACAAACAAAUCUCCAUCCAAAUAUUGCAUAGCUUUGUGAUGAGUAUACCAUCUGUUUGAUAAUUUGCCAUGGCGACACGUGAUGUAAAGCUUUUGGGUAUAUUGACAAGCCCCUACAGCAAUCGGGUCCAAAUCGCCCUGAACCUGAAAUCCAUCGACUAUGAGUUCAUUGAAGAAAAUCUUCAUCACAAAAGCGAGUUCCUCCUCAAAUCAAACCCUGUGCUCAAGAAAAUGCCAGUACUUAUCCAUGGAGAUAAGCCAAUCUGCGAGUCCCUUCUCAUUGUCCAGUACAUCGAUGAAGCCUGGACUAAAGGCCCCUCCAUCCUCCCUUCUGAUCCCUACGAUCGCGCCACUGCUCGCUUUUGGGCAGCCUAUAUUGAUGAUAAGUGGUACCCAUUAUUCAGGGAGCUUAGGUUGGAAAGGGAGGAGGGGAAGGCCGCGGUGAUAGAGAAAAUAGUUGAAGGGCUGGUGUUGUUGGAGGAAGUGUUUGGCAAAGGGAAAGCUUUCUUUGGUGGGGAUAGUGUUGGAUUCCUUGAUAUUGCUCUGGGUUGCUACUUGGGGUGGCUGAGGGUGGUAGAGACAACGGUUGAGGUGAAGCUGCUUACUGAAGCCAAGACACCGGAGUUGUUGGGAUGGGCUGAGAGGUUUUGUGCAAAUGAUGCUGUUAAAGAUGUACUACCAGAGCCUGCCAAGCUCAUAGAGUUUCGUAGGAUGCGUCUAGCCAGAGAAAAUGUUCCUGCUGCUACAAGAUAAGGUCUAUGAUUGAUCAGAAAACAGAGUGCAAUAGUGUAUAACUAUGGCAGUCUGUUUGUUGGAAAAUGAUCUCUCCGUAUCUUUAUUUUCUUUUUCCUUAUCAUAGUUGUUUGUAGUCCACCAAUUACAAGAGUGCCAUAACCUUACCACCAGAUUGUCGCUGUACAGCCAUCUCUAAUGUUCAAAAAUCACCCCAUGUCUUAGUUACUUAAGUACUUGUCACUCAAGUGUUUCAAUUUAUAACAAAAAUGAAUAAAAUUGAACAA